AUGGAUCAGGACGCUUUCCGCAAUCUUCUAUCGGCCCCAAGACCUGCAACAGCAGGUAGUUCAUCUCGUGGUGUUCUUGGAGCUCCAGCACCCAAGCGAGGAUGGGGAUUGAAGGUGAAAGAGGGGCAUGAAAAGAAGAAAGAUGAGAAAGCUACAAACCCAGAAUUCGCACCUAGGAAAUAUCAAAAGAAGGAAUCGAUAGUUGAGGAAUCACAAUACAAAGAUCGGGCAGAGUUACGUAGGCAAGGCAAAGAUGAUGAAUACAAAUCAGUUGAAAAACUAUUAGAAGAUUUUGAAGCACGAAAAGCGACAGCUACUAAACCUGAAGAAUUAGAAGAAUUAGAAAAACAACGAGCAUAUUUAGGAGGUGAUGCAGAACAUUCAGUUUUAGUCAAAGGAUUAGACUAUGCACUUUUGGCUGCGAGAAAGGCUGAACUGGCAAGGGAACAAGGUGAAGAGAUUGAUGAUGAAUUAGAUGCUUUAGGUAAAGGUCUAGGUGGUGGUGGUUAUGGUAAGAAGAAAGACUUAUUACCCAAAGUUGAGAGACAAGAAACAUUGGGGAAAGGAUUCAAAUCUAUCGCUCAGAAAAAGGCAGAAGCAGAAGCUGCAAAAGGAGAUAAAAAGAAGAAAAAGAAGAAGAAGAAGGUCAAGGCUGAACCGGAAGCCACGGCUGAAGCUGUUGCAGGCCCCUCCAUCGAAACCAAGCCUUCCACGACAGAAGUAUCAAUGGACAAACCUGAACUGUCUCAUGCGCUGUCUACUACAGUAAGGCCCGUAUCUGUAAAAGCACCAAUACCGCUGCCGGAAGAUGACGACGACGAUGAUAUUUUUGGAGAUGUAGGGGAAUAUGAUCUUGGUGUAGCAGGUGUUGAUUCCGAUUCAUCAGAAGAUGAAUCAAUGGAUGUAGAUGUCAAAAGAGAGAAACCUGUUGAAAGAGGGAGAUCAAGGACGAGAACCAGAUCACCUGUAUCCAGAAAAGGUGGAUAUGGACCUAGAUCACCUGGAUAUCGACAUGAUCGUCCUCUGUCAAAAUCAAGGUCUAGAUCUCGAUCGUAUGACAGAAGGAGAUCAAGAGAAUAUAGAGAUCAUUCUCCCGUGUACAGAAGGAGAUCGAGAUCACCUUCAUAUGAUCGAAGAAGAUCGCCUAGUCCACAUAGAGGAAGAUACAGGGAUCGAUCAUAUUCACGUUCACGAUCAAGGUCACCAUACUACUCUCGUCGUCGUCCACCUUCUCCACCUAGAAGGAGAUACCCCUCUCGUUCCCGUUCUCCUCCUAGAGGCCAGUAUAAUAGACUACCUAGAUCACCUCGACGGUACUCUCCUUCACCGUCACCUCGUCGUUCACGCUCCGCAUCCCCUGUCGUAGCUCGUAGAAGAUCACCAACUAGAUCACCUACACCCUUACUUAACGUACCAAUACGGUCACCAUCUCGGUCACCUUCUAUAUCAGAUGACGAAGGUGGGCAACGAGCCACAAAACUUGUACCACUUUCUUCUUCUGCUAUCCCAUCCUUGAGAUCCUUUUUGGAAGCGGAUGGAGAAGCUUCUAAAGCCGAAGAGAAAAGGUUGAAAAAAGCAAAAUGGAGAGCUCAACAGGGUUUAUCAGCUCAAGACGGUGCUUCAGACCUGUUGAAUUCCGAUAAAAAAGAUGCAGGAGAAAAACAAAAAGCGAAUAGGGAAUAUCAGUUGUUGAUGAAUAGAAUGAAUAAGAAAGAAGGUGGUGGCGAUGGCGGUGGUGAAUGA